UUACCGAGACGGGUUCCGGCUGCACUCGAGCGAGAUAAACCAUCCGUUAGUUGUUCCGUCCGGCCUAUCCGGUACGCCGUGCUCGAAACCAUCCGCCGCCGCCCGCCGGAGUUCGAAAUGCUCUCGGUACGUCCACCCCACCCCACCCUCUCGCGGCCCUUGAUCUGGCCGGGACGGAACCACCUCGGUGUAGCCGCCGCGCCGCGCUGUGCUAACGCUGAGUCGACGGCGUCCGCUCCAGAGACAGCCGCGCCGCCAGGGAGCGUCUCCUUCCCGAUUCUGGUGAAUGGCUGCACCGGCAAGAUGGGAUUAUCUGUUGCUGAGGCUGCUGCUCUUAGGGGCCUUCACCUAGUCCCUGUUUCAUUCAGUAGUAGGGAGAAGGUUGAUACAACAAUAGAAGUUGGACAAACAGACAUUCGGAUAUAUGGUCCUUCUGCAAGAGAUGACGUUCUUUCAUCUGUCAUUGACGAAUUCCCAGAUGUCAUUGUUGUGGACUACACAGCACCUGAUUCUGUGAACUCUAACGCUGACCUCUAUUGCAAACUUGGUUUGCCAUUUGUGAUGGGCACAACUGGAGGGAACAAGCAGUUACUUUACAAGUCAGUACAAGAUUCAAAAAACUAUGCACUAAUAUCUCCACAGAUGGGCAAACAGGUUGUUGCAUUUGUUGCUAUAAUGAAAUUCAUGGCUGAGCAGUUUCCAGGGUCUUUUUCAGGAUAUCAUUUAGAGGUUUUAGAAUCCCACCAAGCUGGCAAGCUGGACACAUCUGGUACAGCUAAAGAUGUGAUUGCUUGUUUUGAGGAAAUGGGCAUAUCAUAUGACAUGAACCGGAUGGUUAAGAUUAGGGAUCCUGAGCAGCAGCUUGAGAUGGUGGGUGUCCCUGAAGAGCACAUUGAAGGGCAUGCGUUCCAUUUAUACCAUCUCACAUCUCCUGAUGACAGUGUUUCAUUUGAGUUCCAGCACAAUGUUUGUGGUCGUUCAAUCUACGCAGAAGGGACUAUUGAUGCUGCCAUCUUUCUACAUAGGAAGGUACAAUCAAAAGAUUCUAAGAGGAUAUAUGAUAUGUAUGAUGUCCUAAGAGAAGGUUACAUGCGAUGAAGUUGAGUGAUUAGCUGUUCAUAAAUAUAAUGCAACACCACACUGUUUUUUUAGUCUGUAGGGAACUAUUACAUAUCAGUAGAGGUUCAGAUUCAGAAUUAGGUAAACACAGUCUGUACUAAGGCUAUCCGCACCGCCGGACCCCCAUCCCGAUCUCUAAAGGGGCAUGGCCCACCUGUCAGCUCCGGUUGUAGAGGUGGGUCAAAAAAAACGCUGCCGCGCAGACAACUGCUAUCCCAA